AUGUCCUCGCAAGCGCUUCAAAAUGAGGGCCAUAUAAAGAUGACGGUGUUACUCUCGACUUCUUCUCUUAUGAGCAUGGCCUCGAAAGAACUAUCGCAGGUGCCUAAUCGUCAAUCGCUUCUCCGGCUACCACCAGCACUCAACGCAACGCUGGAAUCAGCAGCAUCCACAACCGCAAGGCUCUUGGGAAAAGGUUCGGCAGCCAACUUACCGUUAUUGGCCCCAGCACCGCCAUCAUCGCCAUCACCACAAUUUUCCAAGGCCGAUUUUGCGCAGAGACUGCAAUCGACAACAACAUCAAUGCAAUCAGCCGAACCCGUACCGGGAGCACGGCCAUGGCUCACGGCAUACAUUGCAGCAGCACAAGCAGCUUCAUCCAAGCCUGAAGGUUAUGAGCAGGUCAAAUCGCUACUCACACAUGCUCUAGCACAGACGGGAACGCCUGCACCUCCCCCACCGCUACCGUCGAAUUCGAGAGAACUGUGGGUGAGUCCUGGGGGGAGCGGCUGCACUGCACUAUCACCAGGUCCUCGCGUACUUCAUCUCCCUAAAUCGACCUCCGAAUAUGUCGAUAUCCGAGUGGAACAGUUUUACGCCAACAGUGUCGAAUAA